AUGACGAGCAGGGAAAUCGUCCAUGAUAAGAUCCACUUCAGACACGACCCCAAGUGGAGCCGCAGCCUGGUGACCUCAGAGAGCGGGGGGCUGCUGGUCUGCGUGGCCUGUGUCAUGGAGAUGAUCGAGAGUGACGACAUGGCAUCAGUGAGGAAGUCCUUCGCCCUGUCUGGUAUCACUGAGGUGCUGAAGUGUUCUCCAGGGGCCAUGAAGGAGCUGCUGCAGCAGGACCAGCGAGUCCUGAUGCGUUUCACAGCCUCACUAAUGGGGAUGCUUCACACCGUGGAGGACGUCAGCGCCCUGGAGAAGGUUCAGCAAGUGCUGGUUCAGCUGCUUUUAGAGCUCCAGAGCGAGGUGUCAUUUCGCUUUGUUUUGGACGAGAUCGACAAACAGCUAAGUGACCAGCACAGCCUGAAAGGUUUCCAGCCCACAUUCAACCUCUUGGGGACCCUGGUGGAAGCCGGCCGCAACGUGGCCAAUAUUCUGGUGACUCAGUACGGGUCCUUGCUGGGGAGCUUGUGCUCAGCUCUGCUUUAUCCAGAUGAAGGCCUGAAGGCUUCGGUCCUGUAUGUGUGGCUCAAACUGUUCAGGGGAUCUGCAGCCCAGUCGUUGCCCAUUGCCAUCAGAGACAGGUUGUGUGUCCUACUGUUGCAGACCCUGGCCAAUGCAGGCUCCCCUCAGCUCAUCAGAAGUUGUGUUGGCCUGCUGUGGCUGCUAGUGCAGCUGGCAGAGGCUGUGUCGGUUCUGAUGAACUGCACUGACAGUCAGAUCAUGUGCCAUGAGAACCAAAGCAUCCACACCGACAACAGCCAGAUCCUCAGCCAAAACCAAGAGCAACAAUCUCUUGACUGCUGCCAUUUGCCUCUCAUACUGAAACAGCUGCUGCUUAGUGGGGAUGAGAUGUUGCAGGUGACCAGUUCCAAGUGUAUUGCCGCUGUGCUGGUUCAUUCUCCCAGUCAGUACAGCGCCCCCUUCAUCCAGGCGGACAUACCUGAGUUUCUCUUUGACCGUCUGGCCAGUACUACCAGUGAGAUGCUGCUGUGGUCAGUCUACAGCUGUUUGGUGUUACUGACCGAGGACCCGCUGUUCUUCUCCCAGUGUCACUCUGUCUAUGGUAUUGAAUCCCUGGUGCGCAGUCUGAAGGAGGCUCAGCGGCUGUCCAACCUGGAGGUGCAGAAACAAGGUCUGCUGCUCCUGACUGAGAUACUGGAGAGGCAGCCCCCGAGCGUGCGUCUGUUCCCCAGCGGUCCAGGGUUCGUGGCGGCUUCAGAGGCCGUGGCAGCCGGAGUCUCCUCCUCCUGCCUGCUGGUGGCCACACAGGGAGUCAGUGCUGCCUCCGCCCUCUUCAGACUGAACCACCAGGCCAGACCAGUACAGUACAGCGAGGUGGGAAGACUGGUGGAGGCCAUCACAGACAGAUUCUCUGAGCUGUCCCCACUUUCCUCCACUCAGCGGAGAAGCUCUGUGAGUCAGCAGAUAAUAACAUUCAUAAACUGGUCAAGCCUCAGCAGCCAGGCUUCCAGGUCCGAGGGAUUUCUGCUCCAGGCCCUGGUUUGUUGUCAGGCUGCAUGCAGGUUGGCUGAGCAGUGUGCCUCAGACCCUGCUCUGAAGGAGAACGCCUUCACUGCUCCGUCCAGACAAGGCUCCUCUCAGGAUUCACUGGAGUCUCUGUGUCGCACUCUGCUUCACUGCUGUGACUCCAUCUGGAUUCCCACCGUCACCAGGAUGUACGAGCGUGCACCCAACGCUCAGAUACUGCAGUACUUCUACUCCAUCCUGUCCUCCCAGUUCACCCUCCUCCCGCCCCUCAUGCCUGACUUUGCAAAUAAGCUAGCAUCCUCUGGUUUCUUCCGGCUGGCUCUUGAACACAAAGGCCUGCUCUGUGCGGGAAACAGGAACCCAGAUCUGAAUGCGUCUUGCUGUGGUUUUCUACAGAAACUCAGUAUGUGUCUACUUUCCCAGUCAGACCCUGCUUCUGGCUCUUACCAGUCUGAUGUGGAGGAGGUGGAGAACCUUCUGCUGUACAACCUUCCCUCUGUGUGUCGGCGUCUGUCUGACUGGCCCUCUCUGCUGUGCGAGGCCCCAGGACUCCAGCUGUCUGAACACAAAGGGCCGAGGGCCACUCAGUACUGUGUGGUGAUCAUGCUGCACCUUGCCUUGCAGCAGGGAGACAGGCUCCUCCCAGACCAGACAGUGUUCUCCAGCGUGUUGUGGCUGUUGCAGUCGGUGCAGGAGCAGGGCAGCUGCUUCCUGCCUCGCUCGGUGCUCCGCUCUGCCCUCUACCUGCUGGCAGUGACACAGGACAAGAGCCCCGGCCUGGACAGGGCUCCUCUGAGCUGCAUCAGCAAGGCGCUGUCGUCGUGCCAGAGCUUCUCAUCCCUCUACAUUCACCAUCCCGCACUCCUCCACUUCAUCUGUCGCUAUCCGGAGCUGGCCGAGAAAUUUGGGGCCUUGGUCCUGGAACUUUGGUUGACCAAGCAAACACAGGAGGCGGAUGCCAGGACGUCCAUGGUGAGGGAGCCGUCGUUCUUCCACGUCGGAGAAAGGCCGGAACAGAAGCCAGACAUAGAAACCGUGGAGCUUCUGACUCUGAAGUACCCGACUGUCGUUCUGACCCUUCUGGACAUGCUGUGCACCAGGGAGCCCCCCCUGGCAGAGCGAGCCCUGGGGGUGCUACAAGUGCUUUUGGGUGGUCGACGAGACUACGAGGUGGAUCUGUGUGCCAAACCCAGGCUCCUGCAGGCACUACAGAGGUUCAGUGUGGAGGUUCAGGGUCAUGGGCUCGGGCAGGGACACACCACACAAGCAGUGAACUCGCUCCCUCUGGUGCUGAAGCUGCUUUCUGUGAUGCAGGCCAGUGACUCGUCUUCAUCCUCUUCCUACAGAAAGACGGAUGAAUUGCACUUCAAGCUGCUCUACCAUGUGAGUAAUAUCGCAGGAAAGUUGACACCGACCAAUGUGGAGAGCCUGCUGCCUGCGUUCAGCUACCUGUACUGCUGCCUGAGCCUUUGUCCUGCACACUGUGCUGACAGAGCUGUCUCCAUGCUGCUCUCCAACAGUGGACUGAUGGACCAGCUGCAGACAGCCCUCUCCUCCUCCUCUGCUCCAUCCCUCUCUCCAUCAGCCUGUCCUCCUUCCUCCCUGCUGUGCUGCAGCCAGCUCCUCCUGUCCUCCCUCAUUACCUUGCAGCAUGUUCACUCAGCUCAGGUCCAUAAGAGCGUCAGCUGGAGUCUGGACGCAGCUGUGGAGCGACUGCUCUUUCGGAAAAGACACACAGACAAUCUCCUGCUGGUCAGCGGCCUGAGGUUGCUGCAGGCUCUACUUGACGUUAACCUGGUAUCAACAGUCGUAUGUGUGAGCACUGGUUCUGAUUUGGUUGAACCCCCGGGGGUCCAAGACGGAGCGCUGUACCCGCUCAGCUCCAGGGGGGUCCAGUGCCUCUCAACUGCUCUCACUGGACUUCUAUUGCAGAAGCACGAGCUGUUGCUGAGAGCUGCUGUCAACUGUCUAAGCUCCUUGCUGGGCUUCCUUCAGAGGAAGAGGGAUACUUCAGGGAAACAUGCGGUGUGCCAGCCAUGGACUCGAUUCCUCCUCUACUGCCUGCUCAACUCAGGAGACGGCUGCCUGCUGCACCCUGCCAUCCUCAGACUCAUCACACUGGUGAGAGCUUCCACACUGUCACACCCAUGCCACUAAAAUCAGCUCCUGCAGCACAGCAGCACGUCAGUCCUGUGGGAGCCUGACCUGCUUCAGGUGAUGGAGGCGGUGGAGAGGACGGGGGUGAAGGAGAUCAGCCGAGAAGCAGCACAGGCCCUGAGGCUCCUCCUCACACAGGUCCAGAGCAGCUUCCUGCAGCCGCCACCCACAGAGGAGCACAAGCAGAGAGUCAGGAAUCUGAUGGAGGCCCUCAGCGUCCAGACACCAGCCAAGAGCUGCUCUCCCAGUCCGCCCAGCAACGUCCUACACGCUGGAGAUGUGUUCGUCUGCCUGUCGGAUUUCACUCUGACAACCGGCUGAUGUUCCCGGGAACCUAAACAUGGAGUUUAUAAAUGAUGAGUUUAACAGUUCUUUUUACUUGUUAAUUUAUUGUUAAGUUUCCUUUAAUCCCUGCAGUUCCUCAUGCUUCUUGUGUUUCUCUGUUUUCAUCUUAAAGCAGCAGGCUCCUAACUUAAGUGCCACAGUGAAAGACUUCACAGCCUUGAAUUGUUUUCUCUGAAGUACUUUGAAUUCACAGGUGGUGUUAAAGACGAGUUACUCAUCUCUGAGCUUUUGUGAUUAUAAGGCAACGUUGUACUUUUUCUGAUUUCUGAUUUAAAACCCAUUUGUGCCUUUGUUGUAGGCCGACCUCAGUGUUAUGAUUCUUCUUCUAUGUUCGAACAUUAAUUUCCCCGAACCAGACGAUCUCUACUUCUUCCUUCACCACCUGAAGGACACGAUCUUCAUAAAGAUGUUGCUUAAUUUAGAACUUUACAGCUGCGUAGUCUCAGCACCGGUCAAGGUCAAACCUGCCGUUACUGUAUUAAUGUAGGAUCGGGACGAGCGAGUCACGUUCAUGGAUUCUGUUAAGUGGCCUCUCUGGCAAAUUGAAAUAAAAAAACUGUCAAAUUAAAAUACUGCUUGUUUUUCUGCUUAAUCCCUCGGGUCCCCGGAGGCUGUGAGCAGGGGACACGUUUGAAUCCCUGUGACUCAUGAGACACAUGAAAUGAAAGAGCAGCAAAAGAAGUAAUUGACUUGGUAAUUACAGUUGUUGGCUUCUGGCUUCACCCCAUAGGCCAAUCCCUGUGCCUGGGGGGAAGGUUCGAUCCCAGUGAGGGUUGGGGGUUGUACUCCAGACUCUGGCCGUUGACACAAGUUUUUAUCCGGCUCUGCCUCCGGUGCUGGAAACUUGACACCCAAGCGGACGUGUUAA